GCUUCACACUUGACACACCCCUCCUUUGCAGUCACUUGCAUCUUGCAGCCUCUGUUUUGUUGUGCAAAAAGUUGCUCCUGCAUUUGUCAAUCACCUAGCUUGCAAAUAAGUUCUAACAUGGCUGCGGGAUUCAACGAGACUCUGCUGUGGACCUUCGGAAUGGUCAACUCCGUUGGAAAGUAUUUGACAGGGGAGAAAUUCCAAGAUAAGGUCGUUGCAAAUGGUUCCUCUCUGAAGAAGAAACAGAUUUGGACCCUGAUUCGUGUGGAUGAGACCAAAAUCGCUCUCAAGAACUCGUUUGGAAAGUUUUUGACUGCUGACGUCAAGGGGAAGCUGGACUGCUCUGGAGACAGUGUUGGUGAUGGGCAGAAAUUCAUCUUGGAAACCCAAGAAAGCGGACAAGUGGCCAUCAAGAGUGUCGCAUUCGGUCGAUACGUUGGCGGAUCAGGAGAUGAUCUCUCUUGCUACGAUCAGACGGUCGACCCCACCAACCUCUACAUGAUCCAUCUCGCUCUCCACCCUCAGAUUAACCUACGUAAUGUCAACAGGAAGACGUACGUGCAUCUGGCAGAGGAUGGAGAAAGUCUGAACUGCAAAGAGGAGAUCCCCUGGGGCUACGAUGCCAUGCUUAUCUUAGAGUAUCACUCGGGACGAUAUGCCAUUCGUGCUGCCAACACUAAGUACCUUCGUCGCGAUGGAGAGCUGGUUGAUGAGCUCGAUGACAAUUCCCUUUAUACCCUCGUUUUCCGUGAUGCUCAGGUUUCUUUCAAAGAUUGCAAAGGUUGCUACCUUACUGCUGUCGGUCAUGCGGCAAAGAUCACUUCCCGGAAAAGCAGCAUCGGUAAAGACGAGCUUUUCUACAUCGAGGAUUCUCAUCCCCAAAUUCGAUUGAUUGCUAGCAACGGCAAGUAUGUUUCGAUUCGUGACGGUGUUGAAGUCAGGGCGAACCACUCAGACGCCACGGAUACUGAAAUUUUUCAGAUGGAGGCUGUGGAUCGAUCUGACUUGUCUGGCAACGUCAAGUGGGCUUUCCGUUCCAACAACAAGAAUUACUGGAACAGCGGAGCUACUCUUACAGCUGAAGGAGGCGAUUUCUCUAGGGAAACGGCUCAAUUCACCGUUGAAUGGAUGGGACCUUUGGUUGCUCUGAGAGCUGCCAAUGGAAGGUAUUUUUCAGUGACGUCUAAUGGGAAAAUCUCUGCUAGUAGUGCCGAAAUGGCAGACAACUGCAAGUUUGUGUUUGAGUUUAUCAAUCGGCCGAUUGUUGUGCUGCGCGGGGACUUCGGUUUCGUUGGAACAAAGGGAAGCUCUGGAACCUUGGAGUGCAAUCGCUCGCAAUACGAUGUCUUUGGCAUGACUUGCUCUGCUGGUGUCUUUAAUUUGAGAGCUGUGUCCGGAAAAUUCUGGAAAGUGGAAGCCGAUAGCUCUAUCACCACCCAUGGAGACAAGGCAACUGAUUUCUUCAUUGAGCUACGUGCUCACACUCGAAUGCUUAUUGUUGCCGAAAACGGCAAAUAUCUCAAAGGUCAACAAAAUGGCGGAUUUUCAGCAACGGGAGACAGCGUUGAAAAGAACACUCUCUGGGAGUACUAACUGAACUUCACCCCCACUCUCAGCAACAACGUGAUUUGAACAAUUAUUAGUCAUCUGAUAAUGUGUACUGUCUUAGCUCAUUGUAUCACUAGUUUUUCCCUAUAGUAUGUGUAUUUUUGUGCAAUGUUAGUAUGUGAUAUAAUUAAUAUUAUUGGUUAACAAGCA